AUGGGAGAAGACGCCUAUAAGAUUGCCAUUCUUGGAACUGGUGGUGUCGGAAAGACUUGUAUUGUCCUCCGUCUCACAAGAUCUAAAUUUGACCCAGAAUACGUCCCUACAAUUCAAGAUUUCUUCGAAAAGCAACUUGUUCUCGACUCUAAAUCAUACACUCUUAACAUUAUUGAUACAGCAGGUCAAGAAGAAAUGGGCCCUAUUACAGAUAUUGCUAUUAAAGAAGCGCAAGCUUUCAUCAUUGUAUAUUCAGUUAAAUCUAUGAUUUCAUUCCAAGAAACAGAAAAAUUCUAUAAUAAAAUCAAAACACUUAAUAAUACACCAAAGAUUGUCCUUUGUGGAAAUAUGUGUGAUGUUCCUGCUGAGGAAAGAUCAGUAACUGAAUCCCAAGGUACAACACAGGCCGCAAAAUGGAAUUGCAAAUUCUUUGAAACAUCUGCUAAGGAUGAUGUAAAUAUUAAUGAAGCCUUUAUUGCUGCAUUGAAGUUAUUGAUUCCUUCAACUCAACAAGCAAAUAAUAAUAGCUGUUGUGUCAUUGCCUAA